AUGGAGAUGAACCAACUGACGGGCCUGUCAUUUGGUCGCUACCCCAAUCCAGGCCUCACAUCGGUCACUGUUACUUUCAUGAUGUCCAAAGUCCCAGACGAACUCUUGUGCAUGAUGUCACGAGCUGGGACAAUCUGGAAGAGGCUAGGAUCAUGCUAUACAGUCCGCGAAGGCUUUGAAAUCAACGUGGAAGAUGUGCUCUACGACGAUCGUGCUAAUGUGGGCAACACCAUUCUUCGCACUGCAUGGGUCAUUCUCACUUUGUGUGGGAUGGAUGAGGAAAUUGACUUUGAGGCAGUCUUGCCAAAUUCUUACUAUACCGCUGCUGAAGGUCCCUUGGGCCCACGAUAUGUCGAUGGCCGCAUCACGACAGCACCAACGUCGGCCCUCGUCUUCACAGGACGACUCUUGAAAGAACCGGAGCCUGGGAUGAUGUAUACAUGUUUGAAUGUAACUCAUUCCGUCGUUGUUGAGACGCUGAGGGGACAGCUGGAUCGGAAUCUGAGUUAUUACGAGUCCAUUGCGCAGGGCUACUGA